AUUAAAAAAAAAAAACACAACGACGCCGUGCUAUCCAUCUCGUCUUCUCCAACGCGUUAGGGUUUUCAGAGCGUUGCAGUUUCCCUUCAUUUCCAACGAAAUCCUCGCACCACCGACCGUCAAUUCCCUGAAAUUUCAACUUCCCCGUACUCAUAAUCAACUCUUUCUUCACCGAAACCCCCUUAAACCUUAAAAUAAAAUGAUAAAUUUAUUCAUAUCGGAGCCCAAUCAAAACGACAACGCAGAAGACGAAUCACUGAAACUGAGAAUCAAACUAUUGAACGAAUUAGAAACCGUUAUUUGGCCGGCGAUAAUCUCCGCAGGUCGCGCAGAAGCUCGAAUGUGGCUCUGCAAAACCCUAGCUGGAUUCAACCACGUCACGCCUCGCGAACAGCGUGCACUUUUCAUCAAAUUUCUAAAAGUUCCAAACAAGAACCACAAUCUCGCGUCUCAGCUUCUCAAUUUGAUGAUCGAUUUAUCGCCGCAAAAGCUUGGUUCUGUUUUAGCACGUAAUUCUCGGUUUCUCGAGAGUUUCUUCAACCGUAACCCUAAGCGUGUUUUGCAAUGGUUUUCUUUCUGUGGAUUGGAACAGGGGAAAGGAUUGAGGGCUUUGUCGAAGUUUGCUUUUAAAAACAGGGACAUUUGUUGGGAAGAGUUGGAGUGGAAGGGAAAGCAUGGACAGUCACCUGCAAUGGUUGCUACAAAGCCUCAUUACUUUCUUGAUUUGGACGUUCAGAGGACGGUCGAGAAUUUUCUAGACAAUGUGCCUGAAUUUUGGUCGUCUUUUGAGUUUUCCGAGUCGGUGAAAGACGGUGAUAUUUUUCUUAUUGAUAGGCUGUUUUUUGUUAGUUAUUUUAAGGAUUUGAUGUAUAGAGAGGAUUCAUGUGAUGUGUGGGAAGUUAUAGAAGAUUUCUUAGAAGAGCAGUCUUUCUCUUGUUUGUGUGAGCAUCUUCUCAUUAGUUUUGAAGAGAAGGAUUUGUGUUACUUUGUGGAGUUGCUUUGUAAAUGUCUUGACCCGAGAGUUGAAUUUCAAUGUGUGGAUGAUGUCUCUCGGUUGUUUGUGGUGGUUCUUUUGAAGUGUGGGGUUUCUGGAUCUAUUGACUUGAUGCUGUUGUUAAAUGCUGUCAUUGCUCAGGGGAGGCAGCUUCUAAGACUUUUGCGGGACGAAGAUGCCAAGGAGUCAUUGGUGAAAGUCAAUGAAAUUGUGUCGAAGAUAUCUGCAAUUCCCAGUGAUGGUAAUAGUUUGACCCUGAUUUUUAAGAAUAGGUGUAAGAUGGCAACUGUGGAAGUGGUGAAGUGUCUUGGACUUCAGUCUUGGGUUCUUUACUAUAGGUUGUCGCAAGAGUGCCGGACUCCUGAGUCCUGGGAGUCUGUUUUUGUGUAUAAUCAAAUUGGUUUCCGCAACUCCGAUAAACAUGUACUGAUAGAUGAAGAUGGACUGUUGACAGAAGAAGAUUGUUCUAGCUUUGAUCUCAUUUCUUCUGGUAAAGUUAAGAAAAAGAAGAAACAAAAAGCUAGAAAGAAGAGGAGAAGGACAUAUGAUUGUGAUGAUGGUAAUGAUGAUGAACUUCUAGAUUUUGAUUAUGGCACCCGGAACUUGGAUUAUCUUUCAAAUACUAAAAGUUGGUUGCUUUCAACUGAUAAGUACUCUUCAGCAUGGAAUAAUGCGGACUUACCUGAGCACCUUCACAAACUGUGUUUGUCUAGGUGGAUGAUAUGGCUUUUUGAAAAAUGAGUUCGGAAGUCUGCUUCACAGUAUCUACCAAAAAGAUGUUAUGAUAUCAUCAUUUCCACACUGUUGGAUGACGAGAUCAAGCACUCCUUAGUCGGUGUUUUCGACUCAAUUCAAAUGUAUAAAGCAGGUUGUGGCUCUUGAAGCUACUCGUGGCUAUUGUUGGUAAUGUGGAAAAUUUUAUGCCUCAUUUCAUUUUGAAGAUUCUGAAAUGCCUGUUUAAGUUGUACGGCAAAGUUGAUAAACCUUGGGUUCAUUGUGAAUAUCGCGAAGUGAUAAAAUCUUUGCUAAACUGCUUCACAGACUGCUACCACCACCUUAUGGUUCAAAACAUGGGUGUCAAUGUGUCACCCUUAUGUUCCGAAGUUCCAUAUUGCAAAUUCUCAUGGCUUCAUACGGGCAUUAUUCAGAAUGCUAUGAUGAGUGUGUCUAGGCAAGUGACAACACUAAAAUUCCAUGAGUAGUUUUCAGAGAGCAUAUUCAUCAAGUUGUAAACUUUACAUGUGGCAAUCUUUGGCCAAUCGGAAGUUAUUAUUUUCUGAUAGGAAACAGGGACGCAUGCUCUUGUCAUUGUAAGUCUUUCUUUUUUGUGUUUUACUCCUUUUAUAAAGCAAAUAAUAGAAUUAGAAAAUUGACUACUGGGAUUAAUUUCCAAGCGUCUUGCAGUAUAAGAAAGAAACUCAACUAAUAUCUUCUAUAACUCGUCGAUUAAUAUUUUGUUGAACUUGUGAUGUAUACCAUACAAGUUUGUUAUACAGAUAGUGCACAACUUUUUUUGAUGAUAACAAUUACUUAGCUAUGUGUUUAGUCACUAUUACACAUUUCUUUUUGUCCUUACAUUUUGAAAUACAUCUAUAACAAUCCAGUUUUUAUAAUAAGUUUAUUGUUUUGAAUGUAGCUCUGUUAAACUUCUGUCAAGGUUAGAAUGUUCAGAUUUUGCUUUAUAUUUGAUACUUAAUACUUAAUAACUUGCACCUCUGCUGUCUUAUUUCUAAAUGCUUCACCUGUGUCCACACAAAGAUGUUCUCUACUUAGGUGAUAAAUUUGGGGUUGUUUUAGAAUUGUUUUGAAACUAGAGAAGUAAAGUUAUUUGAAGUUGAUGAUAAAGGAAACGAUUAGGAUUUUGAAUUAUUAUCUGUUAAAAUUUUGGAGUCAUUUUUAUAAAAUUUUAAAUUUUUGGGCCAAAUUUAAAAUUUGAAAAAUAGAGAUUAAUUUGCAAUUUAUUGCAAAAUUUUAGGGGUCAAUUUUAAAAUUUUGGAAAAAAUAGGACGGAACGGGACAAUCAUAGUUGAGGGUGCGACUUAAAAUCUUGAUCUGCCAUAAAAAAAUGAGAGCGGAUGGGCAUGCCCAUUAUAAAUUUAAAAAUAAAAAAUUUGUUAGCGCCCGCUAAAACCUGGAAAAAAAAAAGGACAUAACAGACACAUUGAAGAAUGCAGAUCUAAAAUUUUAACCCAUUUCGCACUAUAGUGUGGGCAUGCAUCUUUGACCCAUUUCGCACUAAAGUGUGGGCAAAAUAAACAUGUCAAUAGAUUAGAUCUAUUUUGCCACUUUAGAAUAAGGGAAAAGCCCCAAAGGCACAAGUUAAUAGUAUGGUUAACAUGUUUUUUUGAAAUAUCUUAUCCCUCUUUUUUGCAUACCAGUAACAUCUCUAAUAGUGAAAUCUUAUCAAGUAACAAUAAGUAGCAUUAAUGGUGAAAUCUUAUCCAAUAAGAAUAAGUAUUAUUUAUGAGGUGUUUAUUUUAUUAUUGAAAUUUCCAUGUUUGUUUAACAUUUUCAUAAAUUAUGUUUGAGUACUUUUUAUUCUAAGGGAAGUGCUAUAUAGCACGACAAAUAUUUUCGUCGAAAGCCAACGAUAAUAUAUAAUAGUAAUAUAAUAAGUCAACAAUAGCAUAUAAUUGGCAGAUAGAAUAAUAUACAUGGUAAGUAGAUAAAUAAAACGGUGCCUAGCGUGUUUAAAUCCAAAGGCCAUAAAAAAUCCGUCCAUUAUCGUGCAUGUGAUGUUCGUAACAAGAAGCAU